GGGAGCGGAGGAUCGCAGUGCGCGUGGCCGCGGCGGCUGGUGUGGGGUUGAGUCAGUUGUGACACCCGGAGCUGCUGACCCGAGAGGAGGCCCCCGGAUCCCGCGGCCGAGCAGCAGCGCGGAGCUUCGGAACUCGUGAGCCUGGCCCCGUCCUAGAGCUCCGCCGAACCGGCGCCGCCACCGUCGUCCUCCCUCCUCCCCACGCCCCCGCCAGCGAACCGCCGCCGCGGGCGCGCCCCCGCUCUGCGCUGUCUCCGAUGGCGUCCGCCUCCGGGGCCAUGGCGAAGCACGAGCAGAUCCUGGUCCUCGACCCACCCUCAGACCUCAAAUUCAAAGGCCCCUUCACAGAUGUAGUCACUACAAAUCUUAAAUUGCGAAAUCCAUCGGAUAGAAAAGUAUGUUUCAAAGUGAAGACUACAGCACCUCGCCGGUACUGUGUGCGGCCCAACAGUGGAAUUAUUGACCCAGGGUCAAUUGUGACUGUUUCAGUAAUGCUACAGCCCUUUGAUUAUGAUCCAAAUGAAAAGAGUAAACAUAAGUUCAUGGUACAGACAAUUUUUGCUCCACCAAAUAUUUCAGAUAUGGAAGCUGUGUGGAAAGAGGCAAAACCUGAUGAAUUAAUGGAUUCUAAAUUGAGAUGUGUAUUUGAAAUGCCGAAUGAAAAUGAUAAACUGAAUGAUAUGGAACCUAGCAAAGCUGUUCCACUGAAUGCAUCCAAACAAGAUGGACCCCUGCCAAAACCACAUAGUGUUUCACUCAAUGACACGGAAACAAGGAAACUGAUGGAAGAGUGUAAGAGGCUUCAGGGAGAGAUGAUGAAGCUGUCAGAAGAAAACCGACACCUGAGAGAUGAAGGUUUACGGCUUAGAAAGGUAGCACAUUCGGAUAAACCGGGAUCCACCUCAGCUGCAUCCUUCAGAGAUAACGUCACCAGUCCUCUUCCUUCUCUUCUGGUUGUAAUCGCAGCCAUUUUCAUUGGAUUCUUUCUAGGGAAAUUCAUCUUGUAGAGUGAAGCAUGCAGAGUGCUAUUUCUUUUUUUUUCUCUCGACCAGAAAAAGAUUUGUUUACCUACCAUUUCAUUGGUAGUAUGGCCCGCGGUGACCAUUUUUUGUGUGUACAGCGUCAUAUAGGCUUUGCCUUUAAUGAUCUCUUACGGUUAGAAAACACAAUAAAAACAAACUGUUCGGCUACUGGACAAAUUGUAUAUUAUCAGAUCAUCACUAGCAGAUGUCAGUUGCACAUUCAGUCCUUUAUGAAAUUCAUAAAUAAAGAAUUGUUCUUUCUUUGUGGUUUUAAUAAGAGUUCAAGAAUUGUUCAGUCUUGUAAAUGUUAUUUUAAUAAUCCCUUUAAAUUUUAUCUGUUGCUGUUACCUCUUGAAAUAUGAUUUAUUUAGAUUGCUAAUCUCACUCAUUCAGGAAAUGCCAAGAGGUUUUCUGUGGGGAAAUGGUGCCUCUUACUGUGUAAAUUUUCUCCUUUACCUUUGCUAAUAUCAUGGCAGAAUUUUUCUUACCCCUUGUGAGGCAGUUUGUUGACUGAGUUUUUCAUCCUUACAAUCCUGUCCCAUGGUAUUUAACAUAAAAAAAAUAAAACUGUUAACAGAUUCUUGCUCGGA